AUGGAGUUUUUCAAUUCUGCUCUUGGCAAAAACAUCAGCUUUGUGCGUCCUCCAUACUUCAUAAUUACUGGUUUGACUGGGAUUCCUCAUGUGAACUAUUACUGGGGCAUUGUGUUUUUUAUUUAUGUUGGGAGCAUGAUCGGAAACAUCUCAGUGAUGGCUGUCAUCAUUUUGGGCAAUCACCUGAAAAGUCCUAAAUAUAUUGCUGUUUUUAACCUGAUCUUCACAGAUGUGUUAAAUAUUUGUGCUUUGGUACCAAAGGUUAUUGACACGUUUCUAUUUAACAACAAUGUGAUUCCUUACAGAGAGUGUUUGGUGUACAUGUUGUUCACCUUUGUGUUUCUGUCAAUGCAGUCUUUUAAUCUGGUUGUACUUGCCAUUGAUAGACUAAUAGCUAUUGCUGCUCCUCUUCAUUAUCAUGUCAAAGUCACAAAAACAUUUAUAAUAAGUAUAAUAGCUUUUUUCUGGAUCUACUCCCUUACUCUUACUCUGGUGGCAAUGGGUCUCAUCACAAGAUUGUCAAUUUGUGAAUCUGUCAUUAUACAAAGUCAUUUCUGUGAUCACGGCCCUAUCUACCGCCUUGGGUGUAAUGAUUUGACCCCAAGCCACACCAUGGCUGGCUUGUCCCCGACCUUAAAACUCUGGCUUCCUUUGUUUUUUAUUGUAGUAAGUUAUAUUUUCAUUGGGUACACUAUAGUCAAGAUUUCUGUGCCACAGGAACGAGUGAAGGCGCUGAAAACAUGCUCAGCUCAUCUUAGCCUGGUUGCAGUUUACUAUGUUCCGUUUAUAUUUGUGUAUCGGUUUGGGUCAAAAAUUCCUACUAAUGCACGAGUUAUGAGUCUGUCUAUCAACGCUAUUGUGCCACCAAUGUUAAACCCAAUCAUUUAUGUUUUGCAGACCAAAGAAAUAAAGGACUCAAUAAAAAAAAUGCUCAAAUUUAAGAGAUUA